CCUCACACUCCUUUUCCUACGCUCACCACCACCUUCCCUCCUUUCCCCAAAAAUGAAAAAUUAUCUAACCAUAUGUACAGUACUCUAAAGCUGCAAGGGAAUCGACAUAUGCAGAAAGUGCGCGCACAGGAUAAGAGCAUGCACACUCUUUCCCAUUCUCAUUUCUCAAGCAAACGCAGUUCGGACAGAGAGAGAGAGAGAGAGGAAGAAAGAGAAAUAUGGUUUUUUUAUAACAGAGAGAAAGAGAAAGAGCUUUUCUUUCUUGUAAUUUGUUGAGUGUGUGAAGUGAUGAUGAGGGAGUGGGUUCAUCGAAAGGUCGGUUUCUUUUCGAGAUAAAAACAACAGAGACCACCCGUGCUUCGUUUCGCGUGCUUUUUCAUGCUCUAAUGCCCCACUUCUAUUCUUCUUUUCUUCUUUCCAGAUUUUGUUAUUUCACUUUUCUGCUUAAUUCAAUUGGGUUCUUUUUUUUUUUUUUUUUUUUUUUUUCUCGGAAAGUUAGAUUCCCAUCGCAUUUCUGCACUCUCUAUUUCUUCCCUUCUUUUCGAUUUCCUCUUGUUAGCUUUCUGAAAUGCAAAAUGGGACUUGUUUCCUUUUUUCCUUCUGUCAUGUGGAUCUUUGGCCCUUUUUUACUUCAAUCAACAUGAAGCUCUCUUCUUGACUUCUUCCGGGUGGCUAUGGCUUCCGUUGAAGACAAUAUCAAAACAAGUGUUCUACUUACUGGGCCUGCACAAACUACUCUGUUCGAGGAGAUGAAAUUGCUGAAAGAAAUGCAGGAUCCAUCUGGGGAUCGAAAGGCUAUAAAUUCGGAACUAUGGCAUGCGUGUGCAGGGCCCCUUGUUUUCUUGCCUCAAGUGGGGAGUCUUGUCUACUACUUUCCUCAAGGACAUAGCGAACAGGUGGCUGUUUCCACUAAAAGAACAGCUACUUCCCAAAUCCCCAAUUACCCAAAUCUUCAGUCUCAGUUGAUGUGCCAAGUUCACAAUGUUACUCUACAUGCAGACAAAGAUACAGAUGAAAUUUAUGCUCAAAUGAGUCUUCAACCUGUGAACUCGGAAAGGGAUGUUUUCCCUAUACCAGAUUUUGGACUUAGACUCAGCAAGCAUCCGAGUGAGUUUUUCUGUAAAACUCUUACAGCAAGUGAUACAAGCACACAUGGUGGUUUCUCAGUGCCGCGUAGAGCAGCAGAAAAGCUCUUUCCUCCAUUGGAUUAUACAAUGCAGCCCCCAACCCAAGAGCUUGUUGUCCGAGAUUUGCAUGAUAAUACUUGGACUUUUCGUCAUAUAUACCGCGGGCAGCCAAAGCGGCACCUUCUCACAACAGGAUGGAGUAUGUUUGUUGGCUCAAAAAGGCUCAGAGCAGGUGAUUCUGUUCUGUUUAUCAGGUAAUCUAUAUUAUUCAUAUUCCUUCAGUGUGAUAUGCCUUGAAUACUGAGGAAAGGUAUGAGAAGUAGAGAU